UCCUUGGCUCCUGGGCUAAAAGAGAAUGUACUUGCCUGUGUGUUCAGGACAUGUAUGUAAAAUUUAACUAGGUGUGACUGGAGGACUAUGUGCACUAUGCAGAUAGAUGCUGUUAUUGUGCUGAUCUACAUCUGUUUAAUGGGUACUGCUGGGAAGUCAGUCCAUCAGAGGGGUUCUAAACCUGAGGCCUACAAGCAAAGCAGUCCAAUUUUUAGAAGAAGUCCGGAUCUAACAAAAUCUCCGGUGACAAAAUCAGAACAAUUAUUAAGGAUAGAUGAUCAUGACUUUACAAUGAGGCCAGCAUUUGGAGGACCACCUAUACCAGUAGGGGUAGAUGUUCAGGUAGAGAGCCUUGACACAAUCUCUGAGGUUGAUAUGGACUUUACUAUGACGCUUUAUCUGAGACAUUACUGGAAGGAUGAACGCCUGGCCUUUCCAAGCACCAACAACCAGAGCAUGACCUUCGACAGUAGGCUGGUGAAGAAGAUUUGGGUGCCUGACAUGUUCUUUGUUCACUCAAAAAGAUCUUUCAUCCAUGACACUACCAGUGACAAUGUGAUGCUGCGGGUUUAUCCUGAUGGAAAUGUGCUCUACAGUUUACGAGUAACAGUCACUGCGAUGUGCAAUAUGGACCUCAGUCGUUUCCCACUGGACACACAGACCUGUUCACUCGAGAUAGAGAGCUAUGCAUACACUGAUGAUGACCUCAUGUUGUACUGGAAAAAAGGGAAUGAGUCUUUAAACACAGACGACAGAAUCUCGCUUUCCCAGUUUCUCAUCCAAAAGUUUCACACAACAACAAAGCUGGCUUUCUACAGCAGCACAGGCUGGUACAAUAGACUGUAUAUCCACUUCACCCUUAGGCGGCAUGUCUUCUUCUUUCUGCUGCAGACAUAUUUCCCUGCCACACUCAUGGUCAUGUUGUCCUGGGUGUCAUUCUGGAUCGAUCGCAGGGCCGUACCUGCUAGAGUACCUUUAGGUAUCACUACAGUUCUCACAAUGUCCACCAUCAUCACUGGCGUCAAUGCAUCCAUGCCACGUGUGUCCUAUAUAAAGGCAGUGGACAUCUACUUGUGGGUCAGCUUUGUGUUCGUGUUUCUCUCUGUUAUUGAGUAUGCAGCUGUCAACUACCUGACCACCGUGCAGGAACGCACAGAGAGGAAGCUCAGAGAGCAAUUACCCUGCACAUGUGGUAUAGCACACCCAGAUGAGGACCUGAUGGUGAAUACUGCCUAUAGUGAUGUAGAUCAAAGCACCACUGGGAACUAUAGGAUGCCAGCACACGACGUGAGACAGGAGAGAAUCUUUGCUCAGUUCACAUUAGCAGACAGCCAGACUACCAGUCAGGUAAGGAGCUUAAAAAGCUACAUCAACAUCUGGAUAGACACUCAUGCCAUAGACAAAUACUCAAGAGUUAUUUUUCCUGGAGCAUACACCCUCUUCAACAUCAUCUACUGGUCUAUCUACUCCUAACACACCACCAGGAAUGGAGUGGUCCGAACUAUAAAAAGUUAGGAGAGACUUUGUAGAGGUGCAAUGAAUACUCACAAGAAGAAUAAGAAGCUAACAACAAGGAUGAAA